UGUCUUCGCUGCCUCAGCUCGUGGAUCCAUUUAAGGAAAAACUUAGAGCUAAAAUGGCCGAACUGGAGCUGUGUAACGACCAGUUAUAUAAUGCUGAUGAGUCAGGCUUAUUCUGGAAACUUCUGCCAGAAAAAACGUACGUGUCCAGUAUGGAAAAGAGAGCCCCAGGCGUUAAGUCGGAAAAGCAGCGAAUCACGUUUUUAUGUUGCUCAAACGCCACUGGAUCUCAUAAACUGAAACUUUUGGUAAUUGGAAAGGCAAAGAAUCCACGCUGCUUUAAAAACUUUCAAUGCCCCACAGACUAUAAGAGCUCAACCGCCUGGAUGACGUCGGCUGUUUUCAAGGAAUGGUUUCAUGAGCUCUUCGUUCCACAGGUAACGUCAUUUUUAAAGGAGAAAGGUUUGCCAAUUAAAGCUCUACUCCUAAUCGACAACGCUCCUUCUCACCCAAAUGAAGCUCAGCUGGCAACGGAGGAUGGACAAAUUUUGGCAAUGUUUAUGCCACUAAACGUUACUCCCCUCAUCCAACCAAUGGAUCAAAAUGCCAUAAAGAUCACAAAGUUGCAUUACAGAUAUAGUCUUUUAGCCUCAAUAGCAGCUACAAACUCCAAUUUACUCGAUUCGAUGAAAAAAAUUACUUUACGCUAUAAAUCUUUUGGAUGCCGAUUGGAGUCGUGUCAGCGAAGUAACAUUAGCUAAUUGCUGGAAAUAUAUUUUAAAUUUUAUGGCAGGUGAUGACGAUUCCGAAGAGAGUGUUCCGCUCGCAAUUUUAAAAGAAAAAUGGGGAGCUGCACUUCGCGCCUUGAUGAGCAAUACCGUCGAUCUCCUUAACAGUUUGAAUACUGAGGUUUGUUCGUUUUCGCAGAAUCGCACAAAGAUAUGCAGGUUAUUGAAAAUGAUUUUCUUAUUAACCAUUUCAGGCUGAAUUAACGCUACCAGGCGUUCAUGAAUGGAACGAAAAUAUUGAAGAUGAUAAUGCAAAUGACGAGCAUGAAGAAGAAGACGAUUCCGAUGAAGGCAGCGUAUCGGAGGUAGAGGAGAAAAUUAAGCGGACUGAAGCAGUUGAAAUUUUCAACAAGGCGAUAAGGUGGGCUGGUCAUGAAGACGUCGAUCCAAAUGUUGUAAAUGUACUAAGACGUCUAAGAGAGAAAGCUGUGCUCCAACUUUUAGAAACACAGAAGAUAUAGUAAAGGAUGACUGAUUUUUUCAAAUAAAACCUAGAUUUUGUAUAAUAUGUGUUACGUAAAAAUGUAUAUGUAAUGAAAACAUGAAUAAAAUGUGAAUUCCAAUAUAUAAA